AUGUCACAAGAGAGUCUACCAACAACAAGUCGAACAGAAACACCAACAGAAGAUUCAACAAGCUCUUCUCAAGAAGGAUGUUCUUAUAGAGACCAAGAGAAACAGUCUACUGAAAAUAUUCUCUCAGAGAAAGAGUCAUUAACAAGAAAAUUAGUUGAUGAAGGAAAGAAGAUAAAAGAUGGAACCAUUGAAAUAGAAAUGAGUCCUAUUCCACCUGAAUAUAUCAGUGAAACAAAAAUACCCCUUUGGAAAGAUGAAAAGGAUAAAAGAAAAAUUCUUUUAAUUAGAUAUGGAUUUUGUUGUUUAAUUGGUGCUAUAACAUUGUUUUUUGUAGGAAUGUUUAUAGUUAUUGGUAUCUAUCUUUAA